AACGGUGGACCGAACAAUGGCCACCGUUGAAAACCUACGGUUGCUCGCAGUUUGUUCAUAUGCUGUAUUCACGAUUGCAGUUUCUUUGGUCGCCUUUCCACAGCGAGUCGUGUGGCCAACAAUGCGCCAGCUAUGUGGUAGACAGACGCAAAAGCGAACUGCAGAGUUCAGUCGAUGGCUUUGUGAGGAACCAAAUGUAGUAUUGCAGAUAUUUUAUCUAAUGUUCGUUUGUGGUGGGUACGGAACUGUUGUCGUUUUUGCAUACCCGCGCGUACCAUGUACGAGCUUAGGUCCACAGCACAGGGGCUUGGGGAUGUUGUGUUUCGCAUCUUGUCUCACAUCUUUUGUGGCUGCAAGCACUAGAGAACCUGGCUACAUCGUUGACAAUGAAACUGUUGCCAAGCAUGAAAAUUAUGCGUACGAUUGUAUGCUUUUUUGGCCGAACAAAGUUUGUCCGACAGCCAACGUAUGUAAGAUUGCUAGGUCAAAAUAUUGCGCUACAACCAAGUGCAAUAUUGCGCGCUUUGAUCAUUUUUGCCCAUGGGUUAACAACGCGAUUGGAGAGGAAAAUUAUCGCGUUUUCCUGCUCUUCUUAUCUUGUCACGCUGUCCUCUUAUGUUAUGGGGCCAUAUGCAUCUCCCUUAUCCUGUACGACCUCAUCUUGAUAGAGGACCUUUUCAACGUGAAGUUUUAUGACCCGAGGACUGGCACGACGAUGACCUCAUCGAAAUUGCUUGUGCUCCAAUACCUAAUAACCGCGGAACGCGCUCUUUGCGGACUGCUGGCUAUUUGUGUGAUCAUGGCCGCCGUUGUUACUGCGUUCCUCGCGUACCACAUCUGGCUCGUCAAACUCGGGCAGACAACAAACGAACGCCACAAGUGGAGUGUACUUGCAAAGGCGAGGGAGAGACCAAAUCCGGAGAUCCUUGCGAAUGCUCCCACCGCUGCUAAAGAGCCUCCAGUCCCACGAUAUUACCUCGACCGGAACUCUGCUUCAGUUGACGGAGCGAACAACUCGAAGGCCUUCAAUGUUGAUUGGAUGAUUUCUCCGGUCAACGUUUAUAAUCGAGGUUUCCUUUUGAACAUACACGAGGUCCUCUUCCCAAGAUCACUUCGAAGCACUGCUCUUACGCGCGCCGAGAGGGCGGAAUCUCGAAAGCAGGCUUAGCUGUGUCGAGGGCUGGCGCUGGGUGCGAGGCGGGGCCGAACUAGAGAGAUAGAGAGAACCUUACCUACUCGGUACAGAGCCGCACUUAGGAUUCCUCUGAGGGACUGUAACCCCCCCUGGACACGAGAAACCCAACGAAGCUGAGUUUGCGGCUUGCCCCCCUCCUUAGUCGCCCUUAAGAGCCCCGGGU